CAAACUUUUUCCUGUCUCCAUUUCAACCUACUGUCCAAACUCCCUUUCCAUUUUCACAAAAAAGCCCUAAAACACAAAUUUUUUUUCUCUCUCUCUCUCUCUCUCUCUCUCUCUCUCUCUCUCUCUCUCUCACAAGAAGGAGAAGAAGAAUAAUUGUAAUCAUCCCUGAUUAACAGUUGAGUUUUCUCCACCCUUUUUAGGGAAAACCAGCCCCUUAACAUUUUAAGAAACCAAAGCUGCGCACAAUUAUCCAUCAGAAAACCAGAGCCUCCCAAAUCUCUGUAUAGUAAUAUUGCUCAAUCAAACCAAACAAAACACCCACAAGAAAGAGAGAGUCGUCAAGAGCAACAGUGGCCCUCUAUCAGCUUGUACUCUCCCAUCAAUCUCAUCAACUCUCUUCACCAACAUCAAAAUCUUCUUUUGCUUCACCAUUUCCAGUUCCUUUCCUUCUCUCUCUUCCUCCCUCCCUCUACCUCUUUUCAGAAAAUGGAAAUCCUGUAAUAUCAAUCAAUUAAUCAGAACUUUUGUCUUCUUUCGAUCUCUUUCUUCAUCAGUGUGCUUGGCUUACUUGUUUUCAUAAUUAUAAAACCAUAGCCAACAUAGACUCAUCUCAGUACUGCUAGCUUCACAAAUUAUUAGAACUCUCUCUCUCUCUCUCUCUCUCUCUCUCUCUCUCUCUCUGGUGAAGAAACCCUAGAACAAGAAAUCAAGAGUUCUUCAAACAAAAACAAAGCAAAAAACAACUUAAUUCCAUGGAUUCAAUCCAAGACAUGGAUGGAGGUUCCAACUCUCAUCACCAUGAGAUGAACAUGGCAUCAAGCAAUAACCUAAUUAUCAACACAAGCUCAAUGAACCCUGCUACUACUCUAGCCUCAGCAGCAGGAGUAGCUGGAACCUCAUCUUCUUCUUCUUCUUCAUCUCCUGCUUCCAGCAGCCGCUACGAGAACCAAAAGCGGCGCGACUGGAACACCUUCGGCCAAUACCUCAAGAACCACCGCCCCCCGCUCUCCCUCUCCCGGUGCAGCGGGGCCCACGUCCUCGAAUUCCUCCGCUACCUCGAUCAGUUCGGCAAGACCAAGGUCCACACCCCCAUCUGCCCCUUCUACGGGCACCCGAACCCUCCGGCUCCUUGCCCCUGCCCACUCCGCCAGGCAUGGGGCAGCCUCGACGCCCUAAUCGGGCGCCUUCGAGCCGCCUUUGAAGAAAACGGAGGCAAGCCCGAAGCCAACCCGUUUGGGGCUCGAGCCGUUCGACUUUACCUUCGCGAGGUUCGUGAUUUGCAGUCGAAAGCAAGAGGCAUCAGCUACGAGAAGAAGAAGCGGAAGAGGCCACCGUUGCCGCAGCAGCUGCCGCCUCCCCCACUGCCGCCGACAGUUCAUCACCAUCCAGGUCAAUAAAAAGUCAAAGCAAGCUACUGUUACGACCAAUGAAGAUAUGAGGGUACCGUCUUUAUAUAUUUAAAUUACGCUUUUUAAGACUUGUGUGGUGGUAUUUGGAUGUUAUUGUUAAUUAGGGUUUUAGUUAAUUUUAUGAUAUCAAGUGGUUGUUGGUAGCCACUGCUAAGCUUAGCUAGAGACAGACCUGCGUUUUUCAUCAAUUAAUUCUGUGUUACUAUAAUCUGUCUGCUUUGCUUUGACUAAAAGCAAACCUUUACUUAAUUAGAUCCAUAUUCUGUUGGAUAUUA